GCGAUAGAAAGUACAUUUCGCGUAAUGUAAUAAUAAAAAGAAUAUUGGAAAUAUAAAAAAUUUGUAUAGAAUAGUGAAGUUUCAUUACCAGAAUGUCAUUAUAUACAGUAACAUCAGAAAUAUUCACAGAAAAUCAGAAUUCUUCUGUAGUAUUUAAAAAUGGCAAUGCAAUAUCCAGUUUUGUUUUCAAGUGUCCGUCCUACAUGAUUAAACCAAAAUCUACCAACAGUAAUAUUAUACAAGACAACGACGAUGAUUUAGAUAUAGACAGACAAGAAGAAGGAAGAUUAUUAAUAGAACAUCGUGUAUCUACACAGCUGCAGCACGUUGGACUGCAAGUAUGGCGAGGUGCCUUGUUACUAGCCGAUUACAUUUUGUCUAAUCCUGAUUUAUUUCAAAAUAAAGUAGUUUUAGAAUUAGGUGCAGGAGUUGGUUUAACUAGCAUAGUAGUAAGUUUCUUGGCCAAGGAAGUAAUAUGUACAGAUGUUGAUAUAGGAGAAAUAUUAAAAAUAAUACGUAGAAAUUUUAUCAGAAAUACUGUUUACAUUAAAUCCAAAAUUUAUAUUAAAGAAUUGAAUUUUUUAAAUUUAAAUUGGCCUACGUUUUAUACGAAAAGAAUUGAUGAAGCAACUGUUAUUUUAGCAGCUGAUGUAAUUUACGAUGAAAACAUAACAGGAGGGUUUGUUCAAACAUUAGAAAAACUGUUAAAUUCAAAAAUUCAAAAAGUUGUCUAUAUUGCUUUAGAAAAGAGAUAUGUAUUUACCACAGCCAAUAUGGAUACUACUGCACCAAUGUACGAAGAUUUUUUAAAAUGCAUUGAAACACGAAAUUUCAACUGGCAUAUUGAAUAUGUUAAAAUAGACUUUCCACAAUAUUUCAAAUACGAUAGAGUGAAACACAUGAUACUCUUGAAAAUAGAAAAUAAAUUAAAUGAAGAACAAUUAUAGUGUAUAAUAAUUACUAAGAAACAGAACAUACAUUGGAAUCAAGAAAUAUUUUGAAGGAUUGUUAAAUAAACAAAUUAAUAUUUAUCAUGAGAUUGGAAGAUAUUCACAAGAAUUUGAAAAUGAUUGAUGAUAUAACAGGGGAAAGUAAUAU